UUCCACAUCUAUAACUACCCACAGCUCACUAGAUCACGAGCGAGCCAGGUCCAAGGACAGAGGGACCAACUAGCUCUACUGCUCGAUCGGCAUGGCCAAGCUUUGUGCUGUCCUCCUCGCCGCCUGCUCCGCCCUCCUGGCGCUCGGUGCCGCACCGUCUACCCUCGCCGGUGACCCCGACAUGCUCCAGGACAUCUGCGUCGCCGACUACAUGUCCCUUCAGGGCCCGCUGAGGGUGAACGGGUACCCGUGCAAGCCUGCGGAGAACGUGACGGCGGACGACUUCUUCUACGGCGGGCUGGCGAGCGCGGCCGACGUGUACGGCGGCGGCAACCCCAUGGGCUCCGUGGUGACCGCGGCGGACGUGGAGAGGCUCCCGGGGCUCAACACACUGGGCGUCUCCAUGUCCCGCAUCGACUACGCGCCGUGGGGCGGCACGAACCCGCCGCACAUGCACCCGCGCGCCACCGAGAUCCUCUUCGUCGCCGAGGGGACCCUGGAGGUGGGCUUCAUCACCACCGCCGGCAGGCACAUCACCCGGGGCGUGCCGAGGGGCGGGGUCUUCGUGUUCCCGCGCGGCAUGAUGCACUACGAGCGCAGCGUCGGCGAGGCGCCCGCCGUGGCAAUCUCAGCGUUCGACAGCCAGCUCCCCGGCACGCAGAGGCUCGGCGAGGCGAUGUUCGGGGCGGCGCCGGGGUUGCCGACGGACGUGCUGGCCCGGGCGCUGCAGACCGACGGCGGCGUGGUGGAGAGCAUCAGGUCCAAGUUCCAGCCAAAGUAGGCCACGAGGACGUACGCGCGCCAAGCGUAACACGCACAUUAAAGGCACGUAAAAAAAAGCGUGCGUACGUAAAUUAUCACCACACGGUCCUAUAUGUCCCCUCAUACUUAUUGUCUGUCUUUUAGGUGAAAUGAAAAGCGUCAUGUUAUUUGUUCGUUGUUGAGCUGUAUGCAAGUAUCGAUGGUUUUUCGUACGACGUCCUAAGUUUGUUGUAAUAUUUGCAAUGCGUGUAAAUGUAAUAAAUAAAUGCGUCCAUGGGUUUCUGGUAA